AUGAAAUGUGCUGGAGCUCCACAAAAAGUGUGUUACUACGGCGAAGAGAUCGUACGUAAACGUGGCUACCGCGAUAAGACAAAUUUCAUUUACGCCACUUCUUUACCACGGCUCUUCGGCGUGGAAGCUUACUUGAAAUCGUUAAAUAAUGUUGCUAAAGAGAGGAACAUAGACGUGCGUACGAGGCAUAAUUUAAUCGAAGUCGACACUAAGAAUAAAAUCGCCAAAUUCGAGUUACUUGACGAGGAUAGCGUUCCAAACGGAGAGUUCUCCGAGAUACCGGUAGGUCUGUUUACUAUUCGUUAG